AUGGAACCAGGGGCUCAGCGUGAGAGUCCAGCCGGGUCAGGGGAGUCGGACACCGGGGAGUGGAGAGAAGAGGCUGCGGCUGGAGAGGCGGAGGAGAAGCCGAAGGGACCUGGGACUGAUGACAACAAGGAGGAAGAGGACAAGGAGGACCAGGGCUUCCAGAAGAAGACAAGCAGUGCUGGGUACGAGGAGGAGCUGGACCCUCGGAUUCAGGAUGAAUUGGAGCAGCUGAACGAGGCCAGUGUAGAGAUCAACAAACUGGAGCUGCAGCUUGACGACGCUCGCUCCAACUACAGGAAGAUCCUCACAGAGUCGGCUCGAAAACUCAACACUCAGAGCUCUCAGCUCGGAACCUGCAUCGAGAAGGCACGACCGUACUAUGAAGCACGCAGGCUGGCUAAGGAGGCACAGCAGGAGGCGCAGGAGGCCGCCCUGAGGUUCGAGCGCGCCUCCUCUAUGCACAGUGCGGCUCGUGAGAUGGUGUUUGUGGCGGAGCAGGGACUGACGGCCGACGGAAGAAACACACUGGACCCAACAUGGCAGGAGAUGCUAAACCACGCUACAGGAAAGGUGAAUGAGGCAGAGGAGGAGAGGCUGCACAGUGAGAGAGAGCACAUGCGUGUGACCAAAGCGUGUCAGGAGGCGGAGGCUCGAGUCCAGACGCUGCAGAAGUCUCUCAAACGAACCAUCCUCAAAUCCAAGCCUUACUUUGAACUGAAGGCCCAGUUCAACCACAUCCUGGAGGAACACAAAGCCACCGUGCUGCAGCUGGAGGAGAACGUGUCCAGAGUGAAAACCCGUUACUCAAAGGCUCUGAGGAACCUGGAGCAGAUCAGUGAGGAGAUCCACGCCCAGAGGAGGACCAGGACCUCCUGCUCCGGCCCCAGGAGGCCCCCUGUGGGAGCAGAAGCUGAGAGUGGCCGAGAGGGAGACCAGGAGAGAGACCGAGAGAGAGGGGCGUGUGGAGGAGCGGACCAGCUGGACGUGGUGACAGCGAUGGAGCUGGUGGAGCGGUACAGAGAGAGGGAGAGAGACCGCUGUGGCUCGGACUCGGUCUCGGUCUUCAGUCUCCAGACCAUCGCCUCGGACCUGGAACGCUACGACUCCGUGGACCAUCUGGGAGAUCUGAGCGACGUGAGCAGUGUGACGGGGGGGGAGGAGAGGGAGGGGGGGGAGGGAGAGAGAGGGGGAGGGGCCAUUAGCGGAGCAUCACGGAGGAGGAGGAGAGCCGCGAUCCGGAGCGAGCUGUGGUCCUCAUCCCCGGGUCUGGAGCCAUCACCACCGGUUCGGAACCAUCACAGAACACGGAGCUACCACCGCGACACUCUGCAGCACGAACCCGGAGAGGAGCCAUGGAAACCAGGCCAGAGUAAUCCGCUGCUUUCCGAAGUUGGUCGCGUGCUCCACCUGUACUGCCUCGCGCUCCGGUGUCAUCUUUGCGGGAACACGGAGGGUUCACCGGGGGCUGUGGAGGCUGUUACCGGGGCGGAGAGAGGAAACAGGCCGCAGAGGAGGACCAGGCCGUCCGCCUCCGGUCCCAGGGCGACACGGAGCGGAUCCAAGAUGGCCGCCGCUCUGCUGGGACUCCUGCUGCUCCUCUGUCUGCUCCCCCUGGUCCUAAACACCCACAGCUCCUCGGGAGGCUGUGGAAUCAUCAAACCUCCACGAGAAGGAGGGAUCCGCUACAGAGGGCUGACCCAGGACCAGAUCCGCAGUAUCCAGAUCCUUCCUGUGGACUAUGAGAUCGAGUACAUCUGCAGAGGGAACAGAGUCAUCGUGGGGCCCAAGGUGCGGAAGUGUUUGCCCAAUGGCACAUGGACAGACAUGAACCUGCACAGCAGCUGCUUGCUGGUGUGCCCUCGGGUCUGGACCUCUCUGGAGAACGGCCGGGUGCUGGUGUCUCCUCCUGGUCUCUCUGAAGGCCCAGUGCUGCCCCCUUCAGGCCCCGCGGUGGAGGGCACCGUCCUGCACUACAGCUGCCACGCAGGCUUCAUCCUGGAAGGACGCAACAGCAGCCUCUGCACCAAGCUGGGGAAGUGGGACUCUCCCAAACCCAGCUGUCUCUAUGAUAAAAACUACACAGGACCCUUUUUGGAGGCUGUAGUUGAUCGAGGGUGUGCCCACUGUUGUGUCUGGAUCAUGGUUUUUCUCUGGUCCUCUCGGUUCCUGGUGCUGUCCCUGGUGCUCAUCCUGUCUCUGGUCUCCUGUGCGGCUGUAGGGAAGAAGAAGCUGUACAUCGGAGCCCUGUUCCCCAUGAGUGGGGGCUGGCCGGGGGGGCAGGCCUGUCUGCCCAGCGCUCAGUACGCCAUGGACCUCGUCAAUAACCGCACAGACAUCCUGCCGGACUACGAACUGGAGCUGAUCCACUACAACAGCAUGGUGAGGAAUGAGGCUGUAUACCCAGGACUGAGGCUGUAG